AUGAAGAUACUGCAGCUCAACCUCAAUCAUUGCGAGGCUGCGCAGGACUUGCUCAUACAAACCGUGCGCGAACUAGAGCUUGACUUAGUACUGAUAGCAGAUCCAUAUAAACAUCGGAGUACCCAACCCUGGGAAUCGGACAGUACCAACAAAGCUGUCAUUUGGUCCUGUGACAAAUUACCUUUCCAGAAGGCAGUCAACAACAGAGAAGCCGGAUUUGUAGCAGCAUGGGUAGAUGGAAUUCGUUUCUACAGCUGCUAUGCCCCGCCGAGUCUUUCUUUGGAACAAUUCAUCGAUUUUCUUGAUUGUCUAACCGAAGAUGCAAGGCAACACUUUCCCGUAGCAAUAGCAGGUGACUUCAAUUCCUGGGCAGUAGACUGGGGCAGUAAGCUCACCAAUGCACGAGGAAAGGCUCUACUUGAAGCGAUGGCCACACUAGAUGUUGUCCUCCUUAACACUGGCGAGACACCAACAUAUUCAAAAGGAGAGGCAAGCUCUAUAGUGGAUCUUACGUUCGUCAGCAGCAGUCUUACGAGAGGAAGCUAUUCUUGGGUAGUUAUGAACACCUACACUGCCAGCGACCACUACGCCGUCCUUUGGGAAGUAUCAACUAGCCAGAGCCCUCGAAGAGCAACCAGACAAACUAACGCAGUCGGAUGGAAAGUCAAAGCUUUUGACCCAGCUACUUUAAUAAUAGCUUUAGAUAGCAACCCGACUACCACAGGGACUGCUGAAGAGAAAGCAAAAGAACUAAUGAAGAGAGUGACCCAAGCCUGCGACGCUUGUAUGCCCCGGAAACGUGGCAUGAAUCAUCGAUCUCCGGCACACUGGUGGAACAAUAACAUCAGCACUCUUCGUAAAGAGUGUUUUAAAAGAAGAAGAAUAUCUCAGCGUGGCUACCGUCGACCUAACUCUGCAGAACUGGUGGCGGAGUACAAAAAGGCCCGUCGAGAAUUGAAUAGAGCCAUCAAGGAUAGCAAAAGACGCUGUUGGAAGGAACUCGUCGAAGAGGUAGAGAAAGAUCUGUGA